AAAAUAACCCUCCUUCUCGUCUAGCCUUGCGUUGUUAUGAAAAGGAAGAGGUAGGAGAAUCAAUAGGUGAGCUCACACAGCUCAUCCGCCUGGAAUUCUUGUACUGUGAUUCCCUGAAAUGUGUGUCUAACACCAUCACUAGGCUUCACAAAUUGGAGCACUUGCAAUUUUAUAAGUGUUAUUGUUUGGAAGAAUUGCCGGCAAAUAUAGGGCAGUUGGUGAGCCUUACUCAUCUCAAGCUUGAUUAUUGCGAGAACAUAAAGUUCCUUCCUGAUAGCAUUGUAAAUCUAUCCAAUUUGACUUAUUUAACUCUCUCUUCCUGUGAUUCCCUUGUUGAAUUGCCGGCAAAUAUAGGGCAGUUGGUGAGCCUUACCCAUCUCAAACUUAAAUAUUGCAAGAACAUAAAGUCACUUCCUUUGAGCAUUGCAAAUCUAUCCAAUUUGACAUCUUUAUCUCUCUUUUCCUGUGAGUCCCUGGUUGAAUUGCCGGCAAAUUUGGAUGGGUUGGCCCAUUUAUGUCUUCUUGAUAUUCAAUCAUCCAAAAUCAAGUGUCUUCCUUGGAGCAUCACGAAGCUACGCAAACUCCGACAUCUAAUGUUGCCCGAACAUUUCAGACUCGAAACGUUGCCAUAUGACUUGAAUCAUUCGGUCAUCAUUUCUGUUAAAGAUAGGCAUGUUCGCAAAUCCUGGGAGGAACUUAAAACAGAGAUAGGAGAAUUGCCCAUUCCUUUUGGUGGAGAAAUAAGAAAUGAUGCAGCUCAAAAUCCCUCUAUCAUAUCUCCUCCUGGUUAUCUCCGAUUGAAGGAGGAUGAUCCUUCGCAAUGGAUUAUUAAUAACAGAAAUUUACUCAUGUUGGUUCGAUUUUUGGACUUGGAAAAUGUUAAGGAGUUAACAGAUUCCAUAAUGCAAUUCAGUGAGCUCACCCACCUCUAUCUCUACUUCACUGAUCAUAUUUGCCUCCCGGAUAACUACUUUGUCACAUUCACAAGGCUUACACAUCUCUCUCUCGACUCUUCUGAUGUUGAAAUUGAUGAGUCCGUUAUUCACAGCUUAAGCAAGCUAUCCAAUUUACAAACACUACAUCUGCGAUUAUCCAUUUAUGAUAGCUUGGAAAAUUUUAAUAUGCCUGUCAGCCUCAAACAUCUCUCUUUAUCAUCUUGCAAUAUGAGGCCACUUUAUGAUAGCUUGGAAAAGUUAACUAACUUAAGGAGUCUGGAUCUCAAUUCCUGUGAUUAUUGCGAGUCAUUGCCACCAUGUAUGUAUAUUCACAAACUCAGGCUUGUGGAUUGCUCCUUCGAGUCACUUGACUCACUUCCUAUUGGCCUACAUCACCUGGAAAUUUUGUUUUUCAAAGAUUAUAAUGACCUGAGAUGUAUCUUUGAAAAAUGUUGGAAUAAAUUAGUCAACCUGGAGACACUCUCCAUUACAUGUUCUAAAAUGGAGUUCUUUCCUGAAGAUAUAGCAAGACUCCACAACUUGCAAGAAUUACAACUCAAAGACUGUAUCAGCCUCGAAAAACUACCAUCAAAUCUACAUGAGUUAGUCAAUUUGCAUACUCUUGAUAUCAGCGUCACCAGAAUCAAGACCCUUCCUCCUAGUUUUGUGAAGCUGCGCAAUCUACUACACUUAAUCCUCCCCAAGUGUUUUAACUUUGAAAGAUUGCCAAGGAAUCUGAAGCAAGUGUCCAUCAUCGAUGACACAGAAGAAGCAUACUACAAGAGCAACGCCUAUGAUGCUUCCCUUUACCAAGCCUCAGCCUCCGAUGAAAGCGAAGAUGAAGUAACUGUUGUUCCUAGAGUAGAAAUUCAUGAAACUGUCCCUGAUGAGCAGACAUCAGCAGAUCCUUUCAACAGUAUAAGUAUGGGCUCUAUUGAGCACAUAACAACAGCACAAGGUGGUAUUGAGCAAGAUAAUGGUGAGAACAGUCAUCAUGAUUUAGAAAAUGGGCAGAAACAGGUCCCUCAACACAAUAAGGUGGAGAGAAAUAGUAGAAUUGAAAUAUCUGAAGAGAAGCUACAACAAUGUUGGUCCGAAAACCCGAUGUCACUACAAGAAACUGCAGAAAAAAUAUUUGGAGUAUCGAGGUCUACAUUGAAACGAACAAUAAAAGAAUUGGGUGUCGAGAAGUGGCCAAGAAAAGGAAGAAAACAACAGCCUGAUGCAAAGAAGAGGAAAACAAACAAUACAGCACCAUUUGAAAGUUAUUGCUCACAACAGAAUGUGGUGAACCUAGGUAGUUCAGCAGCUCACACGGAAAAUGUGCAGUGUAUAAUGGGAUCAGACCUGCAUUUGGAAGAGCCCUUAAUUGAAAGCCAUAUGGAUAUCCAGCAACAAGUCCAAGGGCAUCUGGAAGGCGCUCUUCAUACAACUGAAAGUUCAGGCACAAUUGUUGUAAAAGCCACUUACAAGGAGCUUUCAGUGAGAAUUGUUUUCUCUUUGACUUUACCGAUUAAUCAACUAAUUGAAGAAAUAGGCAUGAAGUUCCAACUUGAGUUGAACAAAUAUAGAUUGCUUUAUCAAGAUGAAGAUAAAGAGUGGAUGAUGCUGACUAGUGUGGAAGAUUUGAAGUAUGCUUCGAAUGUUGCUGAAUCAUUGGGAACCAAGUUUGUUAGAUUGUCUGUUAUUGACUAUGUUGUUUAAUAAUGUGCUUCCAUUUAUUUGAGUGAUUUAAGUGUAACACUCCAAAGUUGACCUAAGUAUUGUAGAGAUGUUUGUCUGUUAUGAACAAAAAAUUGUCGUGAUGUAACUCAAUAACUUUACUGCUCUACUGAAUAAUACCAGUACAUGAAUAUUUUUAUUUUU